AUGACUAAGAUAAGGAAAGUGUUAUGGAAAAGUAAGAAAAAGGGCCAGGGUUGGAAAAAUUUCGCGGCUUAUCAGCGGGAGAGGUUGAGGUACAACGAAUCUUACAUUCCAUCAGUGAAAGAAAAACAAGAAAAUUCAGAUCAACGUGGAAAAGUGCUGCUCCUACUCGAUAACGCUCCAUCGCACCCCGCUGCUGAUGAGCUAAACGCUGUUGAUAAAGACUUUGCAAUUAUGUAUUUUCCUCCAAACGUAACUUCCAUAAUACAGCCUAUGGAUCAGGAUGUGAUAGAGACAGCCAAAAGAAUAUAUAAACCAUCUCUCGUUCGACGCCAUCUGCUUAGCGAUAAUAUACCGAUGGUACAAUUAAUUAAACAGUUGUCUCUCAAAGACUGCUGCGAGAUGGUCGCAGCUGCGUGGGAAGAAGUGACGUCAUCGAGUCUUCAAAAAGCGUGGAAUAACUUAAUUUGUCUCAUAACACCUAUGGGACAAGAUAUUGUUGAUGUUACAAAUGAAUAUCUGCAGGGAACUGUUAACUUGAUUCCAGAUGUCAAUGUAUCAAAUCUUGACAUCGCAGAAUGGUUACGCGAAGACGAUGAUAACGAAACAUCGGAAGUACUCAACGAUGAUCAGAUCGUGGCGUUUGUUACUAGCAGGAAUGACGAGGAUUCUCGCCACGAUAAGAAUUUGGACGAAAACGAGAAUUGGGACGAAAACGAGAAUUUGGUCGAAAACGAGCAUUCGGACGAAAAGGAGAAUUGGGACGAAAACGAGAAUUGUUAUAGUGAUCAAUAUUUUAAGGGCGCGAAGAUAUUGGGAGGGAUGCAAUUUGAGCAAGAAUUUCUACCAGAUACAGCACAGGGUGCCCUAACGGGUAUUAUAGCAGCGUCACAUGGUUCGAGACACAACCUGAGUGUACGUCGAGCGAUUUAA